AUUGCAUUAAACAAAUUCGUUUCAGUCUUGUUUUAUCAAAAGGCAACUGUACCCUGCAAUAGUAACCUUCCCAGCGAACAAUAUGACACUCUUAUUUUGUUUCUUUUUUGUAGUAACUGUCGUGGGCACAGACCGUGUUUGUGACAACGGAUGGAUACCUUACGAAAACCAUUGCUAUUGGUGUUCACCGAAUCCGGAUAAUUUUCACAAUGCAGUGGUUAAUUGUUCCGGAAAAGGAUCAAUUCUGAUUGAAAUAAAAGACGCAGCAGAAGAAAAGUGGGUGUUGCUUCAAAGUCUGAUUCGCAAUUAUACAAAUUUAUGGAUUGGCCUUACUGAUUUGGUAGAAGAGGGUCAGUACGUUUAUUCAUCAAGUGGCUUGAAACCGUCUUAUUCGAACUGGGAAAAGAGCCAACCAGAUGGCGGUGUAGAGGAGAGUGAGGACUGUGCUGCCCUUCACACGACACAACGAAAGUGGCACGACUAUCCUUGUAGCGAUAAUCAUUCUUACGUUUGUAAAAAACCUGCAAAACACUUUGUGUGAGUCGAGGAACAUUGUAAUUGUUUUAUCAAAAAUUUCUUUUUGUCUUUUUAAAUUCUU